AUGUCAUCACUACCUCCAGCACUCAACUUUGCCGAGACCAAAGAAGGCAUAGUCAAGAAGUGGAGGGAAGAGAAUUCCUUUCACCGUCAAAACGAACUUAGUCUAGAGCGCGGAGAUGAGGAGUACACAUUUUAUGAUGGCCCUCCAUUUGCUACUGGAUUGCCACAUUAUGGACACAUCUUCGCUGGAACUAUCAAGGAUACCGUCACUCGUUACGCCGUCAUGACAGGGAAGCAUGUCGACCGUCAGGCUGGAUGGGAUUGUCAUGGUCUUCCUGUGGAAUACAAAAUUGAUCAGAAACUCAAUAUUACGCAUCGGGAUCAAGUCUUGGAAAUGGGUAUUGACAAGUAUAAGGAUACCUGUCGUGGAAUUGUUACUCGGUACACCAAAGAAUGGGAAUCUACCAUCACCCGCCUUGGAAGAUGGAUUGAUUUCGAGAAUGACUACAAGACUAUGGAUCCUUCCUUUAUGGAAAGUGUCUGGUGGGUCUUUUCACAACUCUUUGAAAAGGAUUUGGUAUACCAAGGUAACAAGGUUAUGCCAUACUCGAUGGCUUGUGGUACUCCUUUGUUCAACUUUGAAGCUGAUCUGAACUACAAGGAUGUCAGUGAUCCCUGUUGGUGA